AUGGCGAUAGAUUGGAGUAACUUAGAAGCACUUCCUUUAAGUUUAAUUUUUGAUAAGUUAGUAGAGCGUAUAGAUCACAUCUGUUUCAGCUUCGUAUGUAAGAAUUGGUAUUCCAUUGCAAAGUUUAACUAUCAAAAUCGGCAAAUACAUAAUAAUGUAUUGCCCAUGCUUAUGGUUCCCACAGAAAAUUGCAGAAUGGAGCGAAGUUUAUACGGAAUUUCCUUAAAAAAAAUUUACAAGUUCAGACUACCGGUACCUUAUGAAAAGAGACUUUGUGGUUCAAGUUAUGGAUGGCUAGCCAAGGUGGAUUAUAGUUCUAAAGUUACGAUUAUAACACUCCUCAAUCCUUUUAAAGAUGCAGUGUCCAUCACUUUACCACCCAUCUAUUUCUUGGAUUGGGAUAGAAAUCGUUCCGCGGAUGGUGAGUUUGACGUGCAUAAGGUUGUUUUAUCUACUAAUCCUACAUUUAAGCCACAUGAUUAUGUAGUUGUAGCUAUUUACAGCGUGCGUAUGUGUCUUGCAUUCCUUAAAGCCGGACAAAAUACUUGGACUUAUGUUGAUGAUAUUCAUUGUUCGUUCAGUGAUGUUAUAUUCUACAAAGAUCUAGUCUAUGCUGUGGGACGAAGGAAUAAUAUUGUCUCUUUUGAUUUGUCUAAAUUAGAAGAUGAAAAGAUAACUCUAAAAGUUGUUUCUUUGAAGGGAAAUGAUUAUGCUGACCGAGCUUAUCUUGUAAAAUCAUUGGAAGAAAACUUAUGGCUUGUUCGGAAAUUUAUUGACUUCCCCGAUGGUGAAGAUAAUCUCGAUCCUAGUACAGGUACAAAAAAAUUUGAAGUAUAUAAUUUAAAAUUGGAUCUCCAAACUGGUGAACUUAUACAAAUGUUGAAAAUUGAUAGUUUGGGAGAUAAUGUCUUAUUCGUGGGUGAUAGUGAUUCUGUUGCUGUGUCAGCUUCAUAUUUCUCUAAUUAUCUUCAAAAGGAUUCAAUUUAUUAUACGGCCGAUUUUUAUUUAGAUGUACCACCUUACCCUAAUGGAGCAUUUGAUAUGAAAAUCUAUAAUGUAAAAGAGAAAACAUUUAGACAGCACUGCCCUUAUUACCAUUGGUUUAAAGGAAUGCCACCUGCAGUAUGGAUUAUUCCACCGUUUCAAUGGGAUUGA